AUGGACUCUGAUACUUCUAGCCUGGCCUCGGGCAUCACAUUUGAUAGUGUGCAACUUCGUAAAUCUUUUUGCGAUCCCUAUCUUGAUGCACUUGUGGAACGGUACAAAGACAAUACGCAUUCCAAGCUAGAUGAGAGCCAUGCCAAUCGUAUUGGAAAUGUUGGCACCGAGAAUCUUGAUCUCCCAGAUGAUGACUUCAUUAAUGAAGACAUCAUUUCUAACAACUCUUCUAUGAGAACACGAUUCCCAACCAAAUCAUCUACUUACGUGUACGAGCAAGAAUCUUUUGAUACCUACCGCUGUAAAGUCAAUCAGUUGUGUAUUGAUAUAGGCCUUGGCGAACCAUCAACUAUAGAGCGUAUGGAUGGAGGAAGUUUCAAUCAGUCAUUUCGAAAAGGCUCUGGAAUCCAGCGACGUAUCCUGCGGAUCCCGCGAGAAUGGGAUGCCAAAUGGUCGAAGCAAACUGAUAUCCAAAAUCAGGCCGAAAUAACUAUGUGGCUUCAGCAAUUCGCAUUCCUCCAUGUACCCAAGGUUUUGGUUAUCGAUACAACCGCUGCGAAUUCUCUUAAAUCACCAUUCGUGUUACAAGAGAGGAUUCGAGGAAUACCCCUGGACAACUUGUUCUUUGAGACUCCCGCGCAGCUUUCCAUGUCUGCGAGACUUGAAGUUGUGAAGACUAUUGCUGAGUGCAUAAUCAAAUUAGAGAGAACCAUUCUGGAUAAGCCGGGAAGACUGGUUGGCACCCAUGCUGUACCGUGGACUUCAUCUUCCAUUGCUUCUUCCACACCACGAAUAGAAUUCGCUGGCUUCUCUGCGAGUUGCAUGGAGACCGCACCUCCUCUUGAGAAGCAGAAUUUACCGUCAUUACUCUCCAAUAUGAUAAAAUACCACCAGAGUAACAGAACUGAAGAUGAUACAGUGUGGGAUAUGUUGCUAGCUGUUUUGGAGGAGAUGGCGGCAAGACACUUUUUCAAAUCAUCUGACUCAAUCAACGUUUUAUGGCACUGGGAUCUCGAGCCUCGUCACAUUUUCGUCGGAAUGUCCGAAUCUGGAAAGUGGGACGUUAGUGGAGUCAUUGAUUGGGAUGAUGUAAAGUCCAUGCCGUUAGUUCUGACUAGAGCUCCCAGGUCCUGGCUCUGGUUCUACGAGGAGCGUUUCGAAUACGGUAAUAACUUCACAUAUCCAUGGGACGGAGACUAUGACGCGCCUUUAGAUCUGCCCCUCAAUGAGGAUGUCACAAUUGUUUAA